AUGACUGCAGAUGAAGCUGAAAGAGACCCAGUAAUAAAAGGUUUUAAUUUUAAGACUGCUGCACUCAUAUCUUUUGCUCAUGAGAUGAAAGAUUACUCUUACUCUGCCAGAAAAACACGAUGUAUUCCACAAAAUGACGUUGUUCAAAAUUUUUAUCUGAUGAGUGAAGAACUUCCAGAUGCUCAAAAUGUCCAGUGCCUUCAUUAUUCUUAUAAACUAACAGGAAAUGCUUCAUUGACUGUGGCUUACACACCAAGUAGGAGUGAUAUAAAUAAAGUCCUGAACACUGACGUGGAAGCAAUUAACAUCGCCUGGACCACCUCCAGUAAUGUAAUCCUAAAGUGGAUACAUCCUAUAAGCGAUUAUCCCCAGGAGAUGUCAGUGGAUCUUCCAAUCAGAAUUAAAUCUAAGAUAGUAUUCCAGUCUCGUUUUAGCCACUCCAAGAACGGCUCCGUAAUAUUAGAUGAAAUCCAUAUCAUUGAUGGCCCUUGUAAACGUGGGGACCUCAUCAUGGCACCUAGUGGUUCCUGGUGGAAUAUAGGACCUCGGCAACAGUUCUCUAUCGCACUAGAGACCUACUUUAAAUCUAUUUUUGCAAUUUGUGAGGCACCAUACUCAGAGUCCUUCUAA